GGAGCUGAGCCGAACGGCGCCUGCCCGGGUGCGGAGGAGCGGACGGCAGGGGUGUCCCAGUGGAUGGACCCCCCCGAGGCCAGCCCCCUGAUGUCGGCUCCGCUGUUGCUCUGGGUCAUCCUCUUCCACUGGGCCACCGGCGGGGGCUUCAACCGGGCGGGCAGGACGUGGCAGCACUGCACAGACCUGCGCCCGCUGGACAUCCUCUCGGAGGUGGUCCCCGCCGGCGGGCUGGCCCGCGGCAUGAGGGUGUUUCAAGUGCAGGGGGUGCGCGGUUUCCAGCUCGCCGCCUCGCGGCCCCGCGCCCUGGGCUUCCCCGCCUCCCGGCUCUUCGUCCACUGCGACCGCUUCCCCGAGGAGUUCUCCAUCAUCGUCACGCUGAGGGUCCUCAGCGUCCCCGCCAAGAGAAACGAGUAUGUCUUCACGCUGAUGGCGGAGGAGAGCCCCAGCGUGCUGGUGGGGCUGCGCUACGGCCCCGACAAGCUCCACUUCCUCUUCUGGAGCCAGGAGCGUGCCGGCGGCUGGCAGACCCGCGUCACCUUCCCCAACGUCUCCCUCUCCGAUAACCAGUGGCACACGCUCGUCCUGGCCGUCUCCGGCCAGUCCUUCUCCCUGACGGUGGACUGCAGCGUCCCCAAGGACGUGGUGGUGGAGACGCCGUUUCCAGCCUCUCUGUCGGUGAAGAGAGCCAGCUUCUACCUGGGCAACAGGAGGAGAAGGAAAGGCGUCUUCACGGGCUUGCUGAGACAGCUUGUCCUGCUGCCGGGAGCCGAUGACCCUCGGAUAUGCACCGCCAUGAACUUUAAAGUAGCGACGCUAUCUGUCCCCACUGUCCUCCAGGAUCUCCCGGUGAAGCCAGCGAGCAACGAGGUGCUAAAAUACCCCUACGAGACCGACACGAAGGUGACCCUGGGGUCCCGUCCACCCUGCACCAAGCAGGAGAAGGCGCAGUUCUGGUUCAACGCCUCCCGGCGAGGGCUGUACCUCUGCAACGGCAGCACCUGGAUUUCCAUGCUGGAAGUCAAACAAAAGCUGGACUACGUGGAGGAGUACCAGAACCUGGUGACCAACUCUGAGACAAUGGGUGUUGAGGUCUUCACCAUCCCAAAGGUGGGACUGUUCGCAGCCACUGCCAACCGGUACCCCCCGGGAUCGGCCAUCUAUAAAUGGACCGACGGGAAGUUUGUGCCCUACCAGAACAUCCCCACCUACCAAGCUCAGUCCUGGAAGUAUUUCACCAUAGGAAAGAAGAUCUUCCUAGCAGUGGCUAAUUUUGAGCAGAAUGACAGGGGUCAGGAGUUCUCUGUAAUAUACAAGUGGAGCCGCAGGAAAGAGAAAUUCAUCACGUACCAGAGGAUCACCACGCACAGCGCUAGGGACUGGGAGGCAUUUGUCAUUGAGGGAGAGGCUUUCCUCGCAGUGGUCAACCACAGAGAAGGGAAUAACCACAACAUAGACAGCGUGAUAUACAGGUGGAACCCCAGGACAGGGUUGUUUGAAACCAACCAGACCAUCCCUACCUCUGGAGCCUAUGACUGGGAAUUUUUCACCAUCGGGCCGUAUUCCUUCCUGGCCGUGGCUAACACAUUCAAUGGCACAUCCACUAAGAUCUACUCGCACAUCUACAUCUGGCUCAGUGGCUCUUUCCAGCUCUUCCAGUCUAUCCUGACUUUUGGUGCUGCUGACUGGGAGGUCUUUCGUAUCGGGGACAGAGUCUUCCUGGCCGUUGCAAACAGCCACAGCUAUGACAGCGGGAUGCCAGCACCCUCUAACUUCUACGCCAUCAACUCCUCCAUCUAUGAGCUGAACAUCACUGCCCAGAUGUUUGUCAAAUUCCAGGACCUCCUCACCUACAGUGCCCUGGACUGGGAAUUCUUCUCGGUGGGAGACGACUCUUUUCUGGUGGUAGCAAACUCCUUCGAUGGCUUCACCUUCUCCGUUAACAGUAUUAUCUACAGGUGGCAAGGCUAUGAAGGCUUCGUAGCGGCUCACCACCUCCCCACUGUCGGCUGUAGAGACUGGGAGGCGUUUCACACCGCCGAGGGCUCCUACCUCCUCUACUCUAGUGCCAGGGAGCCGCUUUCCAAAGUGCUCAAGCUGAAAACCACCUGAGGUGGCUGAGACAACGCUCAGCUCAUCGUCAGCAUCGGGGCGAGCUGGGCAUCGAGGUGAAG